CUUAUUCAUCAUUGGCAAUUUUAUUGGGUGCGGAAAAUUUUCGUGAAAGUGGAAAUUCCUAUGUCGAUAACUUUUUCAAAAAUGUUUUAAAUGAAAUUAAUAAUUAUUCAUUAUCAUGGAUUCCGUUCGAUGAAUUAAAAUUUAUUUCAAAAAUUGGGGAGGGUGGAUUUGCAACUGUAUACCGUGGAGAAUGGAGAUGGAAAUCAAGAAAUAUAGUAAGUCCCGUUGCGAUUAAAUUGUUUAAAGGGUCGCAAAAUAAUUGUGAAGAAGCCAUGAAAGAG